GUCUUGAAUCUUCAUUCUUUGUGUUUGUUUGGAUUUCGUCAUUUCAUGUGCCGAUCUCAGUGGAAAUUUAAUUAUUAUUUAUUUUUUCGCUACUGUAUGAUAGGAUAAAAAAAUUUUCUAUAGUGUCGUAUAAAGUUUCAUUUUAUAAAUGUACAAUAAAACAAUUAUUUUCAUUUAUAAUGGUAGUAAAACAAUUACAUACAAUUCAUUUACGAUAGGCAUCUUAAUUUAAUUUACAGUUUCAAAGCAAUUACACGUUUAUCAACAACAGUAGAUUUUAAGCGUGAUGUGUAAAUGUUUUUCGGACAAACAGUUAAUCAUAGUAUUCAGGAAAUAAAUUAUUAUGUCAACACUUUUCUUCACAAUGAUUUCAGAUCGAAGAUUAAAUGCCAUUGAAUUGAAGAUCUUACUGAAUAACUUUAAUUUGGACAAUGGGCUUACAAAGUUGUGAAGAUCAUUUUAACACAAGGGUCAUGGCUUCAAAUGGUUAUUCUAAUUCAACUGCUAUGGCCAAGCAGUCCAAAGAUCACUCACCACCCUGUGAGUCGGUGAAUUCAAUGCCUUGGUUUGGAAUGGAUAUUGGUGGUACAUUAUGUAAACUGGUAUAUUUUGAGCCUAAAGAUACAACAAGAGAUGAAGCAGAUGCAGAAGUUGAAAUCUUGAAAAAUAUUAGAAGAUAUCUUACGAAAAAUUCCGCUUAUGGUAAAACAGGUCAUCGUGAUACUCAUUUACAAAUGGACAAUGUUCUUAUUAGAGGUAGAAGAGGAACGUUACAUUUUAUAAGAUUUCCAACUUGUGAAAUGGGCAAUUUUUUAGCACUUGCAAAAUCAAAAGGAAUGGCUAAUUUAGUAACAACCGUUUGUGCCACUGGUGGUGGUGCUUUUAAAUUUGAAGACAACUUUAAAAAGGAAGUAAAUAUGAGUUUAGCGAAAUUUGAUGAACUUGAUAGCUUAAUUCGAGGAAUGCUCUACAUAGAAACAACAAAUCCACAUGAAUGCUACUAUUGGAGUGAACCAACUGAUGAUAGUAAAUGUCAUAAAAUACCUUACGACUUUUCCGAACCUUAUCCAUUUUUGCUAGUAAAUAUAGGAUCAGGCGUAAGCAUAUUGGCCGUAUAUGGUCCAAACAAUUUUAGAAGAAUAUCAGGAACAAGCUUAGGUGGAGGAACAUUUUUAGGAUUAUGUUGUUUAUUAACUGGAUGUAAUACAUUUGAAGAAGCUAUUGAAUUGGCAACUAGCGGCGAUAAUACAAGAGUAGAUAAAUUAGUAAGAGAUAUUUAUGGAGGUGAUUAUGGACCUUUUUGUCUUCCUGGAGAUUUAGUGGCAAGCAGCUUUGGCCAAAUGAACUCAAAAGAUCGACGCAGCGUGGUUAGCAAAGAAGAUCUUGCUCGAGCCACCCUUGUUACAAUUACGAACAAUAUUGGCUCCAUUGCAAGAAUGUGUGCAGUUAAUGAAAAAAUUGAAAGGGUCGUAUUCGUUGGUAAUUUUUUGAGAGUUAAUCCAAUAUCAAUGAAAUUAUUAGCUUAUGCUAUGGAUUAUUGGUCGAAAGGGACAUUGAAAGCUCUAUUUUUAGAACAUGAGGGUUACUUUGGGGCAGUGGGAUGUCUACUACAAUUUAACGGUGAUACUAAUUGAAGGUAUUAGAAAAUUAAUUGCACUGUAAGCAUCAUUCCAUUCGGAGGUAUCGAAUUGAAGAAAUUUUUUAAAUUCGUAUUAAAUCAUUAUAUUUUUUUUACUAUAUUAGCUCUAGGCUCUUGAUUGGAUGCGACGAAUUCGUGUGUAAAAAUUUCAAUUACUUAUAAAGUAACGUACAAAAUAAGUAAAUUUUUGCUUUUCUUUUUUCUUUUUUUUGGAAAUAAGCCAAUGUAUCGCUCAAAGAAUAUGUUUUCGAACAUUUAGACUGAAAAUUUUGUUUUAUCUUUUUUAAAAAAAAUGAAAAUUUACCACGAUAUCGACGCAGUUUUACAUCAAGAUAAGAGCACAAAUAUUUUUUUUUAGUAAUUCACACAAUGGACCAAAUUAUUAGUUUGGGGUAUAAUUUUAAUGAGAUAUUUUAUUGAAUUCUUUUUUCUAAUUGUAUAAAUCAAAAUUGUAAAAUUUAAAUUACCGAUUAUUUAAUUUAUAAUAAUAAAAAAGAAAAGAAAAAUGUGCGUACAACUGUAUAAAUGUGUAUGUGACAAGCAGACAGGCUACAGACAAGGAUAGAAUUUAGUGUAUACUGUUUUAAUAGAAUUUUUCAAAUAGAUUUUAUAUAUGAAAUUACACUUUUUUAAAAAAAAACACACACACACGCGUUUGUAGUUUGUAAAAGAAAAUGUAUUUUUUUAGCUAAAAUUUUUAAUACUUUUUUUUCUGCGUCUUUAAAAUCAUACACAUCUUUGUCUGCUGUCUUUAUUUCAAUAAAACAAAAUAUUGUUCAUUUGUUAUAGUUUACCUGCUGUUCAUAUAUAUAUAUAUAUAAAUAUGUAUAAUAAAAAAUUACAUCAUUUUCUACAA